CGCAUCAGGUUAAGUUAGUUCGCUCGGAACUGAAAGUUUCAAUAUUCAAUUUCAAACCCAACAAAAGGCAACAAGUGCCACCGUCAUGUCCAAACAGCUAUGAAAUAUACCGCGAAUCUUCUCCUCUUUCUUAUCUCCCAUAUAUAAAUACUCCACUUUAAACCUCGCCGAACGAACCAAAAAACCCUAACCAAGUUGCAACAAUGACAACUACUAGAUUAUUGCGCGUCUCCAGUAACCCACAAUUGAAUUUUCUUGGCUCUGGUUCUUCUGCGUCUUCGUCUGGGGUCAGGUGCUCGGCGGUGAAUGGAGAUUAUGAGUAUCAGAAGAAGAAAGUUAAGAAUAAUGGGGAUGAGAUGAAGAAGAAUUUGCAAAUGGGGACUACUGCGACUACUAAUACUCAUCAUCUUCUUCAAGUGAAGCCAUCCAUGGCCGCCGCUGCUUCGGGGAGCUUGAUUUUCAUUACGUCUGAGCCCAAGGAGAGGAUCGAUGGAGCAAUUUUCGAUUUGGUUUCAUCUCUUUCGAGCAAAGUGAACAAUGCUGUAUUGGUUCUGCUCAGAGAACACUUCAAACGAAGAUCUCUAAAGCAAAAUAUUCAGAUGUUCAUCGAAAGGGGCAUACUCAACUGUCGAUUCUUUGCAUUAUUUGCUGUCGUGGGAUCCUUGCUUGGAUCAGUAUUGUGUUUUGUUGAGGGAUGCUUCCUUGUUCUACAGUCAUAUUUCCAGUAUUUUCAUAACUUGUCACACAAGGCUGACCAAGGACAUGUGAUGCACUUACUAAUUGAAGCCAUAGAUAUGUUCAUGGUAGGAAUGGCCAUGCUUAUGUUCGGAUUUGGGCUAUAUACUAUGUUUGUUGGCUCCAAGUCUGUGAAGGAAAAAGGGCCAUGUCUUGCUGGCUCAAACUUGUUUGGUCUAUUCUAUAUGAAGAGUCUUCCGACAUGGGUUGAAAUGCAAUCGGUUUCACAGGCAAAAUCAAAGCUUGGACAUGCUGUGAUGAUGAUACUCCAAGUGGGAGUGUUGGAGAAGUUUAAGAGUGUUCCUUUGGUUACUGGACUCGAUCUUGCUUGUUUUGCUGCAACUGUUCUCAUUUCCUCCGCUUGUAUUUUUCUUCUCUCCAAACUCUCUGUUACCAAAGUCCAAGAUUAGAUACAAAUAUACGUGUGUAUAUAUAUAUAUAUAUAUAUAUAUACAGAUUAUUGGUCUAAGCCUACGUACAUAAUCUGACCACCAAUAUACACAACUAUACACGGUUAGAAACAAAUUUAUUGAAAGAAAGUUUUUUUUAGUAAUGUGUAACUUAGUUGAUUAUUCUUUAUAUCAAUUGGCAUACGUCCAGGAGUAAUGAAGCAAAUGUCAAGAUGUCAUAAUGUAAUUCAAUUAAUGUGUAGAUUUGUAUUGUAUAUACAUAAUACAUUUAGAGAGUAUUUCUCUUAAUCUCUUUUUUA